CUGAACUCAAACCUGUUGAAGUUGAAUAAGAAGGGUUAUAUGUUACAGGAAUAAUAAGAUUCCACAUCAUAUUAUCUAUAUCAUAUCUACCAGUGGUGUAUACUUCAUUAAUUAAUCAAAAACUUUCCAAUCCAAAUACGAUUGAGAAUCAAUUCAUAUCAUCAAAUCAACAAUCCAAACAACCAUCAUCAUACUAGUCAUUUAAUCCACACCAUUCAUGUCAUUUUUAUCCAAUUCAACCAGUUCGGCAAGCACGCCAUCAAGUGCAGCCAAUGGGAAAGAACUAGUGAAUGAUAUAACCAUUAAUAAUGGUCCUGAAGAUUCUAUAUCUGAUUUAUCAUUCUCUCCUAAACAAGAUUUAUUAGCAGUGGCCAGUUGGGAUAAAAAAGUUCGAAUUUAUGAAAUUGAUCCUAAUUCAGGAAAUAAUCAAGGUAGAGCCUUGUUUGAACAUGAUGCUCCUGUGUUUUCAGCCAGAUGGUCAUUGGAUGGUACUAAGAUUGUUAGUGGUGGAGCUGAUAAACAAGUGAAAUUAUUUGAUUUACAAACUCAACAAUCACAACAAAUUGGGAUUCAUGAUGGUCCUGUUAAGGCAGUUAGAUAUGUUGAAUGUGGACCUAGUAAUACUCAAGCUGUUGCAUCUGGAUCAUGGGAUAAGACUUUAAAAUAUUGGGAUAUGAGAUCACCCCAACCAAUUGCAACUAUUCAAUUACCAGAAAGAGUAUAUGCAAUGGAUUCAAGUCAAAAAUUAUUAGUAGUUGGAGGAGCCGAAAAACAUAUUAGUAUUAUUGAUUUAAAUAAUCCUCAACAAAUAUUUAAAAAUGCACAAUCCCCAUUAAAAUGGCAAACCAGAUCGAUAUGUUGUUAUCCAUUAGGGAAUGGAUUUGCCAUUGGAUCUAUAGAAGGAAGAUGUGGUAUACAAUAUGUUAAUGAAAGUGAUCAAACUAAAUUUGGAUUUGCAUUUAAAUGUCAUAGAACUGGAGGAGCAGCUGCUAGUUCAGCAUUAAGAUCAAGUACAAAUUCUCCAUCUCGUGCAUAUCCCGUUAAUUCUAUAUCAUUUCAUCCAACUUAUGGUACUUUCAGUACUGCUGGAUCAGAUGGUACCUUCAGUUUCUGGGAUAAAGAUGCUAAACAGAAAUUAAAGGCAUUUCCAAAUUUGAAUUGUACUAUAUCAGCUACAGUAUUUAAUUCUACGGGAUCAAUAUUUGCUUAUGCUAUGAGUUAUGAUUGGUCACAAGGAUAUCUGGUGAAUAGACCAGAUUAUCCCAACAUAGUUAAAUUACAUGCUACUAAAGAUGAAGAGAUCAAACCUAAAAAGAAGAGAUAAACUAAUCAUAGUAGUAGCUUAAAAAAAUAAAAGCCAUUUGUAUAGUAGAGCUAAUAGUAGUAGUAAUAGAUGAUAGGGGAGGGGGGGUUAAGUACUAAUAAAGUAAUUUAAUUUUAUAUCUUUCUUCGCAGUUUGAACCUAAUUAGAUAUUCACUCCUUUAACUAUGUAAGCAAUUAACUCUAAUAACAAUGAAAUUACGCAAACUUAAUAUAAAUAAAAAAAAAGAAAUUUAUAAUAAUGUUAAAAAUUACAUUUAAUAUGAGAAAAGGGGGUAGUGCAUUUAAGCCAGUUGAAAAAUUGAUAAUUACCAAUGACGAAAAAGAAAAAAAAAGGCCUGACAAA